GCUCUGAACCCACCCCUUUCCUGCGCUUGGUGUCCAGGGGAUCUUGUACCCCAUCUUCUGGUACCGCCCUGGCAGCAGCACCCGCGAGCCUGGUGGAAGAUUCAAGAGGUUUGAGGUGGACUGCGCUCCCAGCAGCCCCGUUACUCCGAUGGGUGGCUGAGGCGCCUACACACUCCGUGCUCCACGGUUGCUCAAGGGCAGCGAGUCAGUGGUCCUGUGGCCAUGGAAACGGCAGUGAUGGGGGUGGUGGCUGUGUUGUUCCUGGUGACCGUGGCCAUCACUUGUGUUCUUUGCUGCUUCAGCUGUGACGCGAGAAGCCGGGACCCUCAGGAACGCCCCGGCCACAGCUUCACGGUGGCUACAUUUCGCCGGGAAGCUUCCUUCUUCACAGGACCCAGUCGUCCAGCUCAGCCCAUGCCCACUGCCCGGGACUUCUGGUCUUUCAUGUAGUGCCUCAUGGCACAGUGUUGGGACCUGGAUGGGCAGCCAAGGGAGGGAGACAGCACUGACCCCUGACCUAGUAGCAGGAUCUGUCGCCUGGAAGGGGUGGAGGGGUGAACAGCCAGCAUGUGGGACGCGUGGUGGGACCGGCUUUGUGGAUUGCUGCAUGUAACACUUACUGGAACUGACUGGCAAGCCGUGUGCCAGGGAAAGGAUUUGUAUUGCCCCAGCAGAUGCAGCACCCUCCAGUGGAUGCAGGAAGGAGGCACCUCCCCCGAUGGAACAGGAUUGCACAGAAUCCUUUUCCUCCUGGCCUGUGCGAGAUAGCCCCGAAGUUCAGAAGCCACACAGCUGCUCUCUGGGAGCAAGUGGUCCAGUGGACACUUGAGAAAGUAUGGCCUUUUAUGGGUCUUUGCAAGUCGUGCUUGGGAAAACCACAAAAGGAAAAAGAGACACACGAGUCGCACAAAGUCCAAGAUGUUUUAUUCACAGGAAAGCCAGAAAGCUGACUUUUCAGCCAAUUCUGGGCCAGUCUUCAUUACCGCUCUCUAACAGGUCCCAUGGGGAAUGUGAGUGAUUCUCGUUACUGAGGAAGGUCACAGAAUCAUGGUGAAAAGCUGAUUCUAAAAGCAUUGAAAGGUUAUGUUCCAUUGGAAGCUUGA